CACAAACACACCCAAAUUCUCUCUUAUCAUUUUUACAAAACUUCUCUUUAGUUAUCAAAAAAAUUCAACAAAUGGAAUCACAAACAAAAGCAAAGAAAGGUUUCGGAGGCCGAAAAGCCGGUGCUGGUCCACGAAAGAAGGCCGUAACCCGUUCAAUCAAAGCCGGUCUACAAUUCCCAGUCGGCAGAAUCGGCCGGUUUUUAAAAAAAGGCCGGUAUGCACAACGUGUCGGUAGCGGUGCCCCUGUUUACCUUGCUGCUGUUCUCGAGUAUCUCGCAGCAGAAGUGUUGGAAUUGGCUGGAAAUGCGGCGAGGGACAACAAGAAGAACAGAAUAAUACCUAGACAUGUAUUGUUGGCAAUCAGGAAUGACGAAGAGUUAGGAAAACUGUUGGCUGGUGUGACAAUUGCACAUGGUGGUGUGUUGCCAAACAUUAACCCGGUUUUGUUGCCUAAGAAAACCGCCGCCACGAAAGAACCAAAGUCGCCGGCUAAGGCUGCCAAGUCACCUAAGAAGGCCGCGGCUGCUUAGAUGGAUUAAUAAUUAAUUGAUUGUUGAAAGUGUUUUGGUUUGGUUUGGUUAGAGAUGGUAGAAAUAGUAUGUAUGGUUAGUUGAUGUAAUCAGGUGUUAUUAAUGAAUCAAUGGAACUUCUUGUUUCUUACC